ACAACUAUCGGACAGCUCGGACGCACAGUAUGAAUCGGUGACACAGAGAGCAGGAACGAUACAACAUAGGCUUAUAGCUCCACUUCUCCGCCGGUCCUUUCAGCAGCGCGUGCUGAUCGGCCUGUGGGACGGUUCAGUUUGGUGCAUGUCGGCCCACGCGAGAAAGCGUCGAGCGCGAAGUUGCGCCGCCCGCCCCGGAGGUUAGCAGAUAAAAGCCCUGAAAGUGAUUGGAAGUGACGGUGAAAAGGAUUUAGCCCAAGCAUUAAGAGAGAGGGAGAGGCGGGUUUGUGAGUACAUAAGAGAGAGAGAGAGAGAGAGAGAGAGAGAGAGGGACAGGGAGUAGACGAGAGAGAUUUUCCACCAAGCUUCUUUUUUUUUCUGCCCUUGAGCAUCCCGGGUAAACCCGAGCUUGUAAAGUGGGAGGAGAAGAAACGGGCACCAGCCCUUCCUCAAAGUCAAUAUCUUCACUUUUGAUUCUCCUUCACGCUGGAAACCACGCUCUUUUUUUUACCCAAACGCCCGUUUCCAGAUCCAGGACACCGUUCUACCCUGUGCAGCCUUCCGCGGUGUAAUAAAAAAGUUACCCGCUGGAGAAGACCAACAAGGGGACCAGACCAGAUCACAGGAGUGGAGUACAGUAGCCUACACGUCGACAGGAGCCCGAUGGUGUAGAUGGAGCCGUGCAAGGUUCACGGCAGAGAGGCGGUCGUAUAAAGGAACAGAGAAGCUCUCCCGGAUCAGAUGAAUGUUCUAAGACAGUCACUGAGGCAAGGCGCCGGGCGGCUGCAUCACGACCUGAUGGCUGUAUCCAAAGACAUAAUCAACCCUCCCUUAUCAUCCCUGGCGGGCAGCUCUCAUCUCUCCCAGCCGAAAAAGACCUCUGAAGUUCUGCUGAUUCUCCAACCAUCACCCCCCACCACUGCACACGCAGCACUGGCGCCACUAUGGUUGAAGUAGAUGGGAAGUUUCUCUGACUUUCAACGCCCCCUACUCAAUUUGUCACUUUUCCAAAUCCGACAUCAACACAAGUUAGUGUCAUUUCCUAAAGGAGCUGUGAUUAUUUGUAGGCCCACGUUUGUUGAACGGCUGUAAAUUGACUUAGCCACCUCGAACACUUUUAUUUCUCUUGGUGCAUUCGCAUUUUUUCCAUCAUCCCCAAAACGUCCCCUUAAGCUCAGGUGAGCGUGCAGACGCAUCUUGGUGACAACGAAGUUACUUACUGUGUCCGUAUGGUCCUCAGUCGAGUUCCAUGCUCUUCGCCCCAACUCUGACUACUGUGGCCGCCCUCGCCCUUUGCCGCCAGACCCUACUCGUCCUGGGACCACUCUCGUGCCAUGCUCCGCCAGGCCGCGUUGCUCCUCCUGCACUGCUUUGCCUCCUUGACGCUGGGCCAGUACGACCUGUGCAAGUCCCUGGUGAGCACGGACGAUGGCGCAGUGUGGGAGCAGUAUGCAUGCCAGCCCAAGGCCCAGUCCAUGAAGGACUACAUGCGGGUGAAGGUGGACCCGCCGGGCAUCACCUGCGGCAACCCGCCCGAGAGAUUCUGCACUCUGGAGAACCCGUACCUGUGCAGUGACGAGUGUGACGCCUCCAACCCGGACCUGGCCCACCCUCCUCAGCUGAUGCAGGACCGCGAGCACACCGGCCGCAUCACCUACUGGCAGACAGUCACAUGGGCCCGUUAUCCAGAACCCCUCUUGGCCAACAUCUCCCUAGCCUGGAACAAGAGCCUGGAGCUGACGGACGACAUCGCCAUUACCUUUGAGUAUGGCCGCCCCACAAUAAUGGUGCUGGACAAGUCCAUGGACCACGGCCGCACCUGGCAGCCCUACCAGUUCUACGCUGACGAUUGUCUCGAGUCCUUUAACAUGGCACCAAAGCGUGUCCCCGACCUAUCGCCUGCAAAUAUUACCCUUGUCAUCUGCACUGAGCAGUUCUCACGCUGGGUGGGAUCGAAGAAUGAUAAGAACGUAAAGUUCGAGGUGCGGGAGCGUUUCGCAGUGUUCGCCGGGCCGAGGUUGCUCAACAUGGACAGCUUGUACAGCCGUAUGGAGAGCAUGAAGGGCCUGAGGGAAUUCUUUACCUUCACUAACCUCAGGCUGAGGCUGCUCAGGCCGGCCCUGGGGGGGACCUACAUGCAGAGGGACAACCUGCUCAAGUACUUUUACGCUAUCUCCAACAUCGAGGUGCCCGCAAGGUGUAAGUGUAACCUGCAUUCGUCGCUGUGCCUGCUGCAAGAGGGGAACCUCCAGUGUCAGUGUGAACACAACACCACGGGACAGGACUGUCAGCGCUGCAAGAAGGGCUUCAAGGCCAAGUCCUGGAAAGCUGGCUCCUACCUGCCCACACCCAACGGAUCUCCCAACACCUGUGCAAUCGCCGGUGCCCCCACGGGCGGUGGUUCUAACUGUGAGUGCUACGGCCACUCUAACCGCUGCAGCUACAUAGACUACCUGAACAUCGUAACGUGUGUCAGCUGCAAGCACAAUACAAGAGGACAGAACUGCCAGCACUGCAGACUGGGCUACUUCAGAAAUAACUCAGCUGAACUGGAUGAUGAGGGUGUCUGCAUCGAGUGUAACUGUAACCAGGUGGGUUCUGUUCAUGACCGGUGUAAUGGGACAGGCUUCUGCCAGUGUAAAGAUGGCACUACGGGGCCCAAGUGUGACGACUGUUUCCCUGGGUACUACUGGAAACAAGGGUGUUACUCUAAUGUGUGUGACGAGGAGCUGCUCCUGUGCCAGAAUGGUGGGACGUGCUCCCAGAAUCAGAAGUGUAUCUGUCCUCCAGAGUUUAAGGGCGUGCUGUGCCAACAGUCCCGCUGCGAGGGGGGCAAGGCCUGCAACACCGCCUCCACCCUCCACCUCCUGGCCCCCCUCGUCCCCCAACUGCUCUGCGUCCUGCUGCCACACCUUUUGGCCACAUUAACUGCACACUGAGUCACCUGCUGCCUCCUCAAACACAGGGGGAACUGUUGUGUGUGUGCGCAACCCCAGAGAGGGAAGAGUGGGAAAGGCCUGCUAGCUGGCCAAGGACCCUAUAAGCACACACAAACCCACACACACAUCACAAGACUGUUACUGACUCGGGGAACCCCCCCUGCUGUGAGAGUAAAAUGAGACUUCUGAGGAAAAUCAAGACAACCAACCCACUGUCUCUCCCUUUAUACGAGAGACCUGGAGAAAUCUCAUACCAAAAAGCAUUAUUAUUACUAUUAAACGAGCAAAUGAGAACACUUUAAAUCAUUACUGUUCACUAUGAAGAAGAAGGGAGGGAGGAAAUGGCUGAUGUAACACAAUGACGUUUCCUUUGUUUCAUUGAUUUGAGUUAAUGCACCCCUCUUCUCUUGAGACCCUGCACUUACUGCUGCGGAAAGACAGACAGGGAUUGUUUGAGUAGACAUGGGCGGAGAGCUGGAGGGAGGGGGGAGGGCUAGGUCGUGAUUCGCUGCUGAGGACUACUUAGAAUAUUAACCAGGUCCCACGACUUCGACUCGAAAACCGACUUGUUUUUACCUUUUUCCUUUUUCUGCUGCAGUUUUUUAUUUCAGCAUCUUUUUCUGCCAUUCAUGUAUCUGAUGUGCCCACCGACAGACUGAGAUGAUACAUUUAAUUAUUACAAUAUCCAGAGGGUUAUCAAUAUUAAGAUUUUAGUCACUAUUACGGUCGUUAUAGGAAUGAGUGUUGCCACCGUUUAGCAAGAUUUAAUCUUCACACAGUAUUCAGGAAUAAAACAAUCUAACUUACCAACAGUCUAAAAAGAGAGAGAAAAGGGGAGAAAGUAUCAAUAUUAUAAGUCAUUAUUUGAAUAUGUUUUGUAGAGAUUCUUUUUGUUCAGAGUUAUAAUAAAUGAACUAUUCCAGAGGAGCAUUUUAUUACACUGUAAGCUUUACAGUAAAUGUGAAUUAUUUA